AAUACUUGCUCAAGUGACGAAGUUUCUGUUCCUCAUCAGUAGACAGUCGUGUUUCAAGAAGUUCCAAUCAUUUGAUCCUGAAAUGUUUUUAUAAAAUUACUUUCACGUUUUAUAUUCAGUGCAUACAUUACAACAAUUAUUAUAUUAAAUUAUUUAAACUAGUGGCCUGCUUUCGUGUCCUACUUAUUUAUUUGAAUAUAACAACAUUAUAACUUGUCACAAGGCUUGAUAUUAAUUCAAUCAACAAAUGCUGAUUAUUAAAAUUCAUCCCUCAUAAAAAUUAAACUGAAAUGAUGAAAAUAUUUUAUGAUAAAAUUAAAACAAUUUUAUAUUGAAAAAAGGAUUGUUUAAAUUGACAAAAAAUAUGUGGAAUAUCAAGAAUGAUUAUCAUCUGUAAUAAAUGAAAAAAAAAAAAAAAAAGGAUCAAGAAAUUAAUGACAUAAUUAUUUUCAUUAUGAAUUUUAAAUUUUUGUUGUUGACUGCAUUGAAUGUUGCUGUUUUUAUAACGUCAAUAUCAACAUCUAAAAGUCAACGAAGAAAUAGUAAAUAUUUAUCAAUUACAAAUGGAAAUGAUGAAAAUGACGAUAGUAAUAAUGAAAUAUUUACAAAACAGUCACGUUUUUUUGACGAAAUUGGAUUGAUACCACAAACUUGCAAAUAUAGAGGCGCAAAAUUUGAAUGUGGAUUGAGUAUUAGCUGUGUACUUGCUGGUGGAAGAGCAGUUGAUCUUUGUUCUGGUGGUCUUAUAUGGAGUUGUUGUGUUGAUGAUGAUGAUAUACCAGAAAAAGAAACAUCAAAACCAACCGUUUCAUUGUUACAAAAUGCCACAUUUUCAUUGAAUCUGGCCAAUCAACGGCCUUUUGUGGAUGAUGAUGUGAGGAUUUAUGAAAAUGGAUUAGCAUCACAACGACCACAUAAUCGACCAAAUAAUUAUCAACAUCAUAAUCGUCCACAAUAUCAUAAUUAUCAUACAAAUAACAACAACAACAACAAUGAAAAUAAUAAUGACAACAAUGAUAGUAAUUAUGAGCCAACAUACACAUCUUGGGAACAGGAUAAUCAUAAUGAACUUUUACAUGAACGUCCUGGCUAUAUUAAUCGACCAGAUAUCAUCAAUUUAAAUAAUCAUAACAAUAACAAUAAUAAUAUACAUCAUGAAGAAAUUGAUACGAGUCAUCAAAUAACGAAUUUUGGAAACACUGAAGAUUUUUCAUCAUACGGUUGUGGUGAAUUGUAUACGAGAAGCAAUAGAAUUGUUGGUGGACAUUCUUCUAGUUUCGGCAGUCAUCCAUGGCAGGCUGCAAUUAUUAAAUCUGGAUUUUUGUCGAAAAAACUUUCAUGUGGUGGAGCUCUUUUGAACAAUCGUUGGGUUGUCACAGCAGCUCAUUGCGUUGCAACAUCUCCAAAUAAUAAUUUAAAAGUCCGUCUUGGUGAAUGGGAUGUUCGAGAUGCAGCUGAAAAACACAUUCAUGAAGAGUACAACAUCGAAAGAAAAGAAGUACAUCCUCAGUAUUCUCCAAUGGAUUUUCGUAACGAUGUUGCAUUAGUAAAAUUAUCAAAAUCAGUUGCAUUUAAACAACACAUUGUACCAGUAUGUUUACCAGCAAAAACAUUAAAAUUAACUGGUAAAACAGCAACAGUUGCUGGAUGGGGACGUACAAGACAUGGUCAAACUUCAGCUCCUACUGUACUUCAAGAAGUUGAUGUUGAAGUUAUACCAAAUGAAAGAUGUCAAAGAUGGUUUAGAGCUGCUGGAAGAAGAGAAACAAUACAUGAUGUAUUUAUUUGUGCUGGUUAUAAAGAAGGAGGAAGAGAUUCUUGUCAAGGUGAUUCUGGUGGACCACUUACUAUGUCAGUUGAAGGACGACAUGUACUAAUUGGAUUAGUAUCUUGGGGUAUUGGCUGUGGCAGAGAACAUUUACCUGGUGUUUAUACAAAUAUUCAAAAAUUUGUUCCUUGGAUUGACAAAGUUAUGAGCUAAAAAAAAAAUUUUAUAAAAUUUUUUUUUUAUAUUUAAAUUUUGUACCAAAGUUUUCUUUAUGUAAUUUGUUUUUUUUUUUUUUUAAAUCAAUACCAUCUAAAUAUUUAUAUCAUGUACAAUAAAUAGCUUAUUUAUUAUUACUAUUAUUUUUUUUUAUAAAUUAAAUUAAAAAAGUUAUUCAAUAUAAAGUAAAAAAAUUGAAAA